AUGCUCCUUCCCAUAGAUCCCAUUGUGAACCGGACAUUCAACUCUCCAGCGAGCACGCGCCAGCCGCCGGUCUCGGUUAUGCCAGACAGUCUCCAAGGUGAGCGCGAGAUCACCUCCUCUGCGCAACGACCACGCGCGCAUGAUCCCAGGAACACCAUAGAGAUCCCCGCCGGGCUCGUGCGCACGGAUAGUCCCAACUUUAUCUGCUCGCACCUACCGGCGCACUGGCGCUGCAACAAGACCCUGCCGCGCGCCUUCACGGUGCACGCCCUGGGUGAGGUAAGCGAAGGGGUGGUUGUCACGGUGAUGGCGGGGAACGAUGAGAACUGUUCGGCGGAGCUGAGGAACGCGUCCACGGUGAUGAAAGGAGGCGCAGCUCGCUUCAAUGACCUCCGCUUCAUAGGGCGUAGUGGAAGAGGUAAAAGUUUCACCCUGACUAUCACAGUGCUGAGCAGCCCUCCUCAAGUGGCGACUAUCCAGAGAGCCAUCAAGGUCACCGUGGAUGGACCCCGUGAACCCCGCCGUCACAGACAGAAGAUGGGGGAGGGGCCCAAAAUGGGACUUUUCCGGGUUGCCGUGCCAACGAGCCCUCACCUGCUCAACAGUCUCACCAACCCCACCGCAGACGCCAGGCAGUCCCUCCCCUCCCCUCCCUGGACCUAUGAGCAGUCCUAUCUGGCUCAAGUGGCCACGCCCUUCUCUUCCCGAACACCCAGCCUAUCAGGAGUGUGCGAGCUGAGCUCUGGAUUCGAUCGGCGUUUCCUGCCCCUGUCGUCUGCACCCAGAAUGCACUACUCAUCGUUCCCCUACUCCUCGUCUUCCCCAACUCCUCCUUACAACUCCUUCCGGCCACUUCCCUACUCGGCCUCCCCGCAGUCCCACAGUGGUACCCUCCAGCCCUGUUAUGCAGUUUAUGGAAGCUCGACCGGAACGAACCAACUGUACAUCGGGACGGGGGACCACAUCCCUACAACCCCACUAGCUGUUGAAAUGGAUGGGGCUGUGCAAGGCAGUCAGGGGGAGGAGCCUGUUUGGCGGCCAUAUUGAUAAACUGGUAGGAGCUUAUUGUGAUGGAGUGUGUCAGGGAUUAUUUAUGUUGGUGUGUGUACUGUAAUACAGCCCUAAAAUACGUGUGUGGUCUGGCGUGAAA